CGGAGGAAUUGGUCACUUGGCCGAAUGUUCAUUAGCCACACCGACGCCGGAAGAAAGAAGAGUCAGGCCCCACCAAGACUCACAACGAGAAAGUCGCUCACACUCUAUCCACGUCACUGAAACACUCAAUUGCUGCAUAUAGCAGAUAUCCUACGAACAUCUACAUAACCGAAUUAUCGAAUUUCCUUCUCUGGAAUUGAAGAAAACACUGCACGUGAUCACCAUGUCUGCAACCACCAACGGCCACAGGAGCGAGGUCGAGCGGAUAGCGAACCACACCGAGGAGAAGCAUCUGCCGGGAGGCUGGGUUGUGCUCAAGUUUGGGGGAACGAGUGUUGGAAAGUUUGCGGAGAAUAUAGCGGGCAUUGUCAAGGCUGGCAACCAAGUCAAUCGCGCCGCUAUCGUCUGUUCUGCUCGCAGCACCAAGAACAAGACCGAGGGCACCACCAAUCGCCUCCUUCGCACCGCCCGCGCCGCCGAGAAGCAGGGCCAUCGCGGUUACGAUGAUAUCGUCGAAGCCAUCCGCACCGACCACAUCCAGGCCGCCAAGGACACCUUCCAGAGCGCCGAGAUCCUCGCUGCCUUCACCGAGGAGGUCAAUGCCGAAUGUCAGAGCCUGACCAAGAUCUUGGAAUCGGCGCAGCACUUGGAGGAAGUCACCAGCCGUGCUGAGGACAAGAUCGUUGCGAAGGGCGAGAAGCUCAGCUGUCGCUAUAUGGCUGCGCUGCUCAACGACCGUGGCACGCCUGCCCAAUUCGUUGACCUCGCCGAUAUCAUCACUUUCCACACCCCCAAGAAGGGUCUGAAUGAGCAUUUCUACGCAGACCUGGCUGCAGCAUUGGCCAGAGAGGUGGAGGCAUGCGGUGACAAGGUCCCAGUCAUUACUGGCUUCUUUGGCAAUGUUCCCGGCGGUCUCUUGAACUCCAUUGGACGUGGAUACACCGACCUCUGCGCUGCUCUGGUAGCUGUGGGCGUGAAGGCUAAGGAGCUCCAGAUAUGGAAGGAGGUGGAUGGCAUCUUCACGGCCGACCCUCGCAAGGUCCCUACGGCUGCUCUGCUCCCCAGCGUUACGCCUUCUGAGGCUGCUGAGUUGACCUUCUACGGCUCAGAAGUCAUCCACCCGUUCACAAUGGAGCAGGUCAUUCGCGCACGCAUCCCCAUCCGCAUCAAGAAUGUCAUGAACCCGCGCGGCGCAGGCACCAUCAUCUUUCCUGACAACUUGAAGGCGUUGGAGUCGCACUCUCCUCUCAGGGACGGCCUCUUCCGCACGCGCUCUUCCAGUCUGCUGAGCGCACUGAACACGCCCAAGCGGCCUACUGCUGUCACCAUCAAGCACAACAUUGUUGUUCUGAACGUUCACAGCAACAAGCGCACUCGUGCUCACGGCUUCCUGAUGAACAUCUUCAGCAUUCUGGACCGCUGGCACUUGUCUGUGGAUCUCAUUUCCUCUUCUGAGGUCCACGUUUCUAUGGCACUGCACUCUGAGUCCGCCCUGUUGAGCGGUGGCGGCGAAGAUGAGUACAAGAUUCAGGAUAAGGAUCUCCAGGGCGCUGUCAACGACCUUGGCGAACUGGGCGCUAUCGACAUUGUGCCUGACAUGGCCAUUGUGAGCCUUGUCGGAAAGCAGCUCAAGAACAUGAUUGGUAUCAGUGGAAAGUUCUUCAGCGUGCUGGGCAACAACAACAUCAACAUCGAGAUGAUCUCGCAGGGUGCCAGCGAGAUUAACAUCUCAUGCGUCAUUGAGGAGCGCGAGGCAGACCGCGCUCUCAAUGUCGUUCACACGAAUCUCUUUACAUUCCUGGAAUAGACAAUGCCUUUGCAUUAGUGGAGUUGGAUACCAUAUCAACCAUCUAGAAGUCUUCUCAAAAGACAGCAUCCUAUCGACAUCCCAUCUUUAACACCGCCUCCUUUUAUUACGUUUGAACUUUUUCGAACCCAUAGUCAACGUUUCCUUUGUCCCACCUUAUGACUCGAAGACUU